AUGUGGACGUCAAGCACGAGUAGUUCUUCCGCUUGGGACGCCAGCGCCUCUUUAUCGUCUCUGCUUAUUUUCCUGGCGUCAUGCGCUGCAUUGGCCCUGCUUCUGUCUUAUUUUGGGGCUAAGGCAUCGCCGCAAACACUGAGAGACCCUAUACCAGGACUGUUCAACACACUUCAAUUUAUGUCCAACAACGAAAAGUUCAUGGCCCGCGUCCAGAAUGCCGUCAAAGGAGGCCAAAACAUCAUCCGCUUCUACCUUGGCCCAAAGACAGUGUAUUUGGUUGCUGGGCCGCAAAACAUCAGGGCCGUAUUCGGUCGCGAGCUAGUGCAUGAGGUUACUAACCAGGAGCAGAUGACACGCUACGCGUUACCGACAUUGUACAAGAUGACACCCGAUGAAGUGCGGCGCUGGGAGACUGACCACUCAGGUGUCACAAAAACGCCCAUUCCUGGAACUGAAAGUGUGCCAUUCCGUCAACGGCUCUGGUAUAACUACGAACACAUUUACGCCGAGUAUAUCGGCAAGCCGCAGUACAUAAAGCCUCUGAUAAAGAUAUUCAAUGGCAACUUAGACCAGUCUUUGGACCAAUUUCCCACGAGAGAAUGGACCACCAUAAGUAUUCAAAAUUUGUGCCGCCAAGACGUCGCUCGGGCGUUGGUUAGUGCAUUGUUUGGACCCCGCCUGGUGCAGUUGAACCCUGACUUUAUCAAACGACUUUGGGAUUUCGACGAACAAGUUUUCCAACUAGUUCUUGGGCUACCUAGCUGGCUCAACCCGAAGCCUUCCAAAACACAUGAUCGCUACGUCGCCGCCAUAGAGCGGUGGUUGGAAAUCGUAUCGAGAGAUUUCAACUGGGAGAGUACAGAUGCUGAAGCAGACUGCGAGCCCCGUUUCGGUGGGCGUGCGGUCCGGGAGCUCUAUAUAUGGAUGAAAGAGACAAAGUGGAGGACUAAGGUGAUUGCUGCUACAUUAGGAGCACUAUGUUUUGCGCUUACCUCGAAUAGUAUACCGACCACGAUAUGGAUGCUGAUGGAGAUCAUUCAAGACCCUACUCUCCUUGAAGCUGUGCGAGAAGAAAUACGAACAGUUGCGACCAACGAUCCCAAGACGGGGAAGAUCACGCUCGACAGCCAAAAUCUAGUGGCGCUGCCGUUGCUGCAGUCCAUUUGGACUGAAACACUGCGGCUGCGUAUUAACUUCAACAUCGUGCGAGACGUCAAGCAUCCCAUCACGCUAAGCGGCAACACCAUCGCCAAGGGAGCCUUGCUGCAGGUCUCAAUGAUGGUGGCAUAUUAUGAUGAGGUCACAUGGGGUGCGACUGGUCAUCCUGCAUCCGAAUUCUGGGCGGAGCGCCACAUCAAAUACACAGAGGACCUGGACGAAGCAGGCAAGACCCACCGCAAGCCCAAAUACGCCAUGGCUGGUCACCCGACAUCCCACUUCCCCUUCGGCGGCGGUGCAAACAUCUGCCCUGGUCGCCAAUUGGCCAAGUUUGAGGUCUUUACCACGAUUGCUCUUAUUCUUCUGCGCUUCGAUAUUGAGCUUGUUGAAUGGACCAACCCAGAUGGGUCGGCCUCUAAGAGGGCUGCAAAGGGUGAUAAGCGCUACUGUGGAGCGGGCGCCAUGCCGCCGGAUCGAGACAUGAAGAUCAGGUUAAGACGUAUGUACUAA